AUGUUCGAUCCAGUGGAAAGUGUUGGAGACGAAGGUUUGAUCCGCGCUGUUCAAAGGUUUUGGGACACAGAAUCGCUUGGCAUCUUCGAGCCAAACCCGUCGCUGGAAAAGGAGUUUUUGAGAGAUUCAAAUUUCGACAAGAACCAGGGUCGAUAUCAAAUGAGCCUUCCCUGGAAGGAUGAUC